AUGGAAAUAGCUGACCCAAUUCUUGAUGUCUUACGUAACACCUUCCAUCACAAUAAAUUUAAAAGCAAAUUACAAGAAAAUGCAGUUCGUUGCAUUGUUAAGGGUACUCACAACACAUUUAUUUCAAUGCCAACGGGUUCUGGUAAAAGCUUGUGUUAUCAGCUUCCCGCAGUCAUCCAAGAUGGUCUUUCUAUAAUUAUUUCUCCUCUCAUUGCUCUUAUAUCGGACCAGAUAUCGCAGCUGACAAAGUUAAAAAUUCCAGCGGCUACACUGAAUUCAAAGCAAUCACAGAAGGACAGAAAUGAUAUUAUCAAACGGUUAUUACGUGCUCCUGGUUCUAUUGAAGAUUUCGCUCUUCCUAAAAUUAAACUCCUAUAUAUUACUCCAGAGCAGUUUGAGACUGAUGGAUUCCGUACGAUUGCCAAGAAAUUAACUGAUUUGAAUGCACUCCGAUAUUUUUUUAUCGAUGAAGCUCAUUGCGUCUCAGAAUGGGGUCACGAUUUUCGACCUGCUUACUUAAAAUUAGGUAAACUACGGACUUCUCUGUUUCCCAAUGUACCAUGUGUUGCCUUGACAGCAACAGCAAAUCCUCGAGUCAAGGCCGAUAUCAUAUCUUCACUUAAAUUAGACCCCGAAACAUCGCGUGCGGCUGGUUUGGCGAUUACUAAAUUUAAGGAGUUUGUUACUGGUGUCUUUCGUUCGAAUCUGUUCUAUGAUGUUGUGUUCUGUGAUUUACUAAAGACCCCCUAUGAUGAUCUUGCCAAAUUUAUCCUCGAAUGUUUAAGUGGAGAUGAAUCUGCCACGACAAUUUCAAAAAAUGUGAGCGGUAUUGUUUACUGUCGAACUCGAGAAGACUGCGAAACAGUAGCUCAUCAAUUGUCGAUUAGAGGGAUCCCAUCGAAGGCCUACCAUGCUGGUUUGGGCAAUUGUGAUCGAAACAAAGUUCAAGAAGAGUGGUUCGGAGGAGUCUUUCCCAUUGUUGCGGCUACUAUCAGUUUCGGAAUGGGAGUGGACAACCCCCAUGUUCGUCUUGCAGCCUACUAUCAGGAAUCCGGCAGAGCCGGUCGGGACGGCAUUCUCUCGCGUUGCCGCAUUUACUACGCAAAACAGGAGCGUGACACAGUCGCCUUCCUUGUGGGUCAAAUGUCAGAAAAAGCUCAGACACAAAAGAACAAAGAGCAUCGUGAGAAGGGUGUUCAGGACUUGGCACUUAUGAUCAAUUACGUGGAGUCAAUGAAGUGUCGACAUUCUCAGUUUGCUGCGUAUUUUGGAGAUGAUCCAAUGCAAUGCGUUGAUCGGUGUGAUGUUUGCACAAAUCCUACUAAAGUCACGCAACAACUUGCUGGCUAUAAGCGUGUAAUAUAUGGAAAUAUGGUUAGUGAGAGUAACAGUGAUCAAGCCUUCUUGGACACCGAUCUCUACAGAUCACGUCCUCGUCGGAAAGGCGAAGGAUGGGAGGAGUAUAAUGACGAUGACGGACCAAGCACAUCUAACAAGGACUACGAUGAAACGAUACGCCGACAGAGAACUGAUUUCGUCCGUGAGGAGCUGGCUCGACGCAGAAAUUCCUCUGUUGUGGCCGGUCCCAGGGUGCUCUGGGUCUCGGCAAACCAAGACUCACCAUUAGUGGACCCCGACAGUCGAUUGAUCAUCGGAGUGACUGGACGAUUUAGAGAUCAGACACUAAAUCUACUCAUCUCCGCAGUGCUGAGUCAUGUGAAUGACAGCUCAUCAGACGACUCCAAAAAAGCUCACUUUAACAAACUAGCCGCUCGACUGGAAUAUCACGUGUACAAAACUUCUAAGGUGGCUGGUGUCUAUCGAGGCCAUAUGACUCGUCGCAUAAGUCAGACUAGAAAAUUCGAAUCACUAGAGGCACUAUAUAAUGGGUUCGCAGAUUGGCUAGGUGUUUCUGUAGAGACCCUUCAUUAUGUUGAGAAUCAAGAAGAACCUGAGGAUUUGACAGAAAGUGGUGAAGAUCAGUCACCUCAACCACAAGUUAAUUCAACUCCUCCAACUGAUACUCCCUUGUCUGCCGUUGAAUCCCCCAAACCUCCUAGUUGCCCGGUCGCAAUUCCAGAACUUUCGUCUUCAUCGGGCGUUAGUGCUGAAGACAUACUCAAUGCUAACUGUCUUCCUCCUUCAUUAAAGAAAAGUCUCUUGGGCGACUUGAGUGGUGGGAAAGACGUAAAUGAUAUUAAUUGUUCGAACACUUCGAAAAUUUCAACUUUGUCGGAUAAGGAGUCGAGUAUAACUUACUUUUGGGAGAAAUCGAUUAUUGAACAAUCGGAACCUCCACAAAAGAGAUCCCGGUUAUCAUCGAGCUACCAGGCCGGGUCUUACGCAUCUGAUCAAUCAGAUUCUAUUUUAUCUUCGUCACGCCCUCCUCUAGAGCAAUCGGAAUACUCAAAUAUCUACGUAUUUGGUAAUUCAAAUGGCCCGACGCACAGUGAUCGUAGUAAAACCUCAACCAUUGCCGAUUGUGUUGUACGUUCACUCUCCCGUCACUACACGGCAGGGAUUUUUAAAGACAAAGAUACGUUUAAAAUGGUUGCCCGGGAGCUCACGAGAAGACUUAUUAGAAGCGGCAUUCCGGAUAUCGAAUUGGAACGGUAUAUGUCUCGAAUAACAAGUAAGUUGGUGGAGAGAUUUCGAAAGGAACCUAGUGGAGAAAUCGAUGGGCGAUCGAAACCAGUGAUUUCCAACUUGAGGGAUCUUGCCUGGGCUGAUGCAUUAAAGGAUUUAUUCAAAAGAUUUAAUGUUCCACUUCAGAAGAUUCCGUUCCAGGGCACCUGA